AAGAAGAGCUUCGUGUAUGCCUUUCUUCAAUUCCUGCCAGGAUAUCAGCUUUGUGUUCAUCUAAACAGGCCCAGGUUUCACACUGACGGUAUUCUGUCGGACCUCUUUCCUGACGUGGGCGUCCCCGAGCAUGACUACGGCAUGCUUCAGUCGAACAUCGAGGCAGCUCUAUGCUCCCGCUCCCUGCAGCCUGUCUCCAGCCUGACCACCAAGGUGAUCCAGCUGUACGAGACCAUGCUGGUGCACCAGGGUGUCUUGCUGGUGGGCCCUACAAGAGGCGGUAAAACCACAGCGUACCGUGCCCUCGCUGACGCACUGCGCACCCUCCACGAGACAGAGGGCUGCGAGGUGAAUCUCUUAUACAAGCCCAUCGAGACCGACGUGCUCAACCCGCAGUCAGUGAGCAUGGAUGAGCUGUAUGGUGAAGACGACCCUCUCACACGGGAGUGGAGUACCAUCAAACCGUCUCUCGGCAGUGACAUCGCCGACACGCACAAGUGGGUGGUGAGUGACGUACCUGUGACGUGCCUGUGGAUUGAGAAAAUUACCUCCGUGUUGGACAACAACAAGACGCUCUGUCUGGCUAACGGUGAAAGGAUCAAGCUCACACCUUCUACACACAUGUUAUUCGAGGUGUUACCCAUCAGACACAGGUAG